CACUUAUACCACCGGCUGCAGAUUAACACUGUCCGCUUUCUCCUCACAGCGCGAGCGGACUGGAGCCCCUGCCAUCCUCUUAUUUACUCCGGGUUCCUGCAUUAGCCCACAGACGAGGAGUUCAUUAACCAGCUGCAAUACGUCAGAGAGACCAAAAUGCUGAGCAGACUUUUCCGACUCCAUGGCAUGUUUGUGGCCUCCCAUCCCUGGGAGGUGAUUGUGGCCACGGUCACGCUCACCAUCUGUAUGAUGUCCAUGAAUAUGUUCACUGGCAAUAACCGCAUUUGUGGUUGGAACUUUGACUGCCCCAAAUACGAAGAGCAAGUCCUCAGUAGUGACAUCAUCAUUCUGACAAUCACACGAUGCAUUGCGAUCAUCUAUAUUUACUUCCAAUUUCAAAAUCUUCGGCAGCUUGGGUCGAAGUAUAUUCUGGGUAUUGCUGGACUUUUCACUAUCUUUUCCAGUUUUGUGUUCAGCACUGUUGUGAUUCAUUUCUUGGAUAAGGAGCUGACAGGUUUAAAUGAGGCAUUGCCAUUCUUUUUGCUUUUGAUUGACCUCUCCAAAGCAUGUGCUCUGGCAAAAUUUGCACUGAGUUCAAACUCACAGGAUGAGGUCAGAGAAAACAUAGCUAGAGGAAUGGCAGUACUGGGUCCAACGUUCACUCUGGAUGCCCUGGUGGAGUGUCUAGUAAUUGGUGUAGGGACCAUGUCAGGUGUUCGUCAGCUUGAGAUCAUGUGCGGCUUUGGAUGCAUGUCUGUCCUCGCGAACUACUUUGCCUUCAUGACUUUCUUCCCAGCCUGUGUCUCGUUAGUGCUUGAGCUAUCCAGGGAAAGCAGAGAAGGACAUCCAAUCUGGCAGCUAAACCACUUUGCUCGUGUCCUGGAGGAAGAGGAGGACAACAAGCCAAAUCCGGUCACACAGAGAGUCAAGAUGAUCAUGUCUCUAGGCCUGGUGAUGGUUCACGCUCACAGUCGAUGGAUUGCAGAUCCUGCAUCUCCAAAUAGAACUCUGGAUGUUCCACAAGUGGGGAUGAGUUUAAAUUCACCCAAGAGGAUUGAGCCAGACGUGCCCCUGUGGCAGUUCUAUCUGUCCAGGAUGAUAAGCAUGGACAUUGAGCAGGUCAUCACUUUAGGCCUCGCCCUCUUCCUGGCCGUGAAGUACAUCUUUUUUGAGCAGGUGGAAAUGGAGUCUACGCUGUCUCUUAAAGUCUCUACUCCAACCGCCGAGCUCACACAGAAACAGUGUCCUGACCAGUGCUGCAGAAAGGAUGUGACCUCUUGCACUAACAGGAUCGAGAAGCCCACUGCUCCUCCUGCUGUCAUCACUAAAGAGGAAAUAGAUUUAGUGAUAAAGCCCUUGCCUAUCACUAAUGAGCCAACACCAAAAAGCAUGUUUGUGGUGGGAGAGGUGGAAACCUUGGACAACAGUGUUGUGGUGGAGCCUCAGCCCAGUAUCCCCUCAGAGCCCAGGCCAGUGGAAAAGUGCUUGAGCAUUCUGAAAGACCCACAGAUGGGGGCACAAAAUCUGAGUGAUGCUGAGGUUAUAAUGUUAGUAACUGCGAAGCACAUUCCUGCAUAUAAGUUAGAGGCACUGAUGGAGAGCCCAGAGAGAGGGGUGAUGAUCCGGAGAAAGAUGCUCUGCCCCAAACUCCCCAAGACCUCUGCGCUCACCUGUCUUCCAUACAAAGAUUACAACUACUCUCAGGUGAUGGGAACUUGCUGUGAGAACAUCAUUGGUUACAUGCCUGUUCCAGUGGGCGUUGCAGGCCCUCUGCUUUUGGAUGGAAAGCAGUUCCAGGUCCCAUUGGCUACAACUGAGGGCUGCCUGGUGGCAAGCACAAAUCGAGGCUGCAGAGCAAUAGCUCUUGCCGGUGGAGUCAACAGCAGGCUUUUGGCUGAUAGUAUGACCCGCGGCCCUGUAGUUCGAAUGCCUUCUGCCUGCAAGGCUGCUGAGGUGAAGGCCUGGCUAGAGAGCCCAGAGGGCUACAAGUGCAUCAAAGAGUCAUUUGACCACACUAGCAGGUUUGCACGUUUAGAGAAGCUCCUGAUUGCCGUUGCUUCACGUAAUCUCUAUAUACGCUUCCAGUCCCAAACUGGAGAUGCGAUGGGCAUGAACAUGAUCUCAAAGGGAACAGAGAAUGCUCUGGGUAGGCUUAAGGAGGAAUUUUCUGAGCUGCAGGUCCUGGCAGUUAGUGGAAAUUACUGCACUGAUAAAAAACCAGCUGCUAUUAAUUGGAUUGAGGGCAGGGGCAAGUCUGUGGUGUGUGAAGCUGUUAUACCUGCUCAAGUUGUCAGAGAGGUUUUGAAGACCAGUACACAUGCUCUGGUGGAUCUUAAUAUCAAUAAAAAUCUUGUGGGUUCAGCCAUGGCAGGAAGUAUUGGGGGCUACAAUGCUCACGCAGCCAACAUUGUUGCAGCCAUUUACAUCGCAUGUGGACAGGACCCAGCUCAGACAGUGGGCAGCUCUAACUGUAUCACACUAAUGGAAGCAGCAGGACCUAUAGAAGAGGAUCUCUACAUCAGCUGCACCAUGCCUUCCAUUGAACUAGGCACUGUAGGAGGAGGAACCAAUCUGGCACCUCAACAAGCCUGUCUGCAGAUGUUAGGCGUGCAGGGUGCCAGUGAGACGUGUCCAGGUGAAAAUGCCCGGCAGCUUGCCAGGGUGGUAUGUGCCACCGUGAUGGCAGGGGAAUUAUCGCUCAUGGCUGCUCUUGCUGCCGGACAGCUAGUUAAAAGUCACAUGACACAUAAUAGGUCAAAAGUAAAUUUACAAGGCACACCAGGAAGCUGCACAAAACAAGCAUCUUGAGACCUGAUACAAGUUACACAAAAGGGGGACAAAAAGACUCAGAAGGA